AUGUCUCAGAGCAUUGACAGCGCGUCCAGUGUUGACGCUGAGGCAAAACCAUAUGCUGGAUCCAGCGAGAGUCCCCACCCUGUUGACCAAGAGUCGGACUUGAAAAGAAUUCUCACCGAAAACAAAGGUGUGCAGCUGAUCAUCAGCAGAUUGCAAGAAGAUGCCGGUGUUCUUGGACCUUUAGAACAAGGCUAUGAUGUGGAGAAAGUUCUCACUAGGCCUGACCCUCAUUCUGACUUCCACCCGGAAGAUGAAUGGAAGUACCCUGUCGACAUGGAGACCAAGUUGCGUUUGGUUGAGUUUGUUCCUGGCGACAAAGGUAACCCAAAGAACAUGGGAACGGGUAGAAAAUGGCUUCUUACAGUUUCCUUAGGUAUGAUUUGUUUUGUUGUCGCCUUGGGUUCUGCUAUCGUCACUGGUGAUUUGGCAGGUCCAGUCGAAUACUUCAAGGUUUCUCAGGAGGUCGUCAUUCUCUCCUCAGUGACGGUUUUCGUUGUGGGUUUUGGAGUCGGCCCCUUAUUGUUUGCGCCAAUGUCGGAAGAACUUGGCCGUUCCAUUAUUUAUGCUGUGACUUUGGGCAUGGCGGUUAUUUUUAUUAUCCCCUGUGCCGUGGCGAAGAACAUUGGCACUUUGUUGAUUUGCCGUUUGAUUGACGGUGUUUUGUUCAGUGCGCCCAUGACUUUGAUCGGUGGCUCCUUGGCUGACAUUUGGGAUGCAAACGAGCGUGGUAAAGCCAUGGCUGUGUUCUCGGCUGCUCCAUUUUUGGGUCCGUGCUUGGGUCCUAUUUUUGGUGGUUUGUUGGGUGACUAUACUUCAACAUGGAGAUGGGUGUACUGGGCGUAUCUCAUUAUUGCAGGUGUCUUCUAUAUACUUUUCUUGCUCAUUGUUCCCGAAACUCACCACAACACUCUUUUGAAGAGAAGAGCAGCGAAGCUUAGAAAGUUGACUGGAGAUGAAUCCUACAGAUGCUUGGCAGAAUUGCAAGUCAGAUCUUUCCUGGAGGUUGCGCGUGUGUCCUUAUUGCGUCCCUUCUUGCUUCUUAGUGAACUUAUCAUUAGUUUGGUCACUCUUUACAUGUCUGUUGUCUACGGAUUAUUGUACAUGUUUUUCUUUGCUUACCCUGUCAUUUAUAUGGAAGAUAAGGGUUGGUCUGCUUCGAAAACUGGUGUCAUGUUUCUCCCAAUUGCCGGUGGUGUUGUCCUCAGUUCCAUCUCAGCUCCCUUCAUUAACAAUGACUACAACAAACGGGCAAAAGCUUACAGAGAUCGUGGCGAAAUGCCACCUCCAGAGUUGCGCUUAAUUCCAAUGAUGUUCGGCUGCUGGUUUGUGCCAGCUGGCUUGUUCGCAUGGGCAUGGUCUUCUUAUGCUAGACUCUCUUGGGCAGGACCAGCAUUUAGUGGCUUCGCAUGUGGCUACGGUUUUCUUUCACUUUAUAAUCCGGCGAACAACUACAUUGUUGAUUCUUACCAGCAUUAUGCUGCCAGUGGGUUGGCGGCAAAGACAUUUGUCAGAUCAAUUUGGGGUGCCUGUGUGCCUCUUUUCACAAUCCAAAUGUAUCAUAAAUUAGGAAAUCAAUGGGCCACAUCUUUGAUGGCUUUUAUUGCAUUGGCCUGCUGCGCCAUUCCUUAUUUAUUCUACUUUUAUGGGGCCAAGAUUAGAAAGUUUUCCAGAUAUGCUUACUCGCCGGAGAAGCAUCAAGCAUAG